UUUACGAGAGUAUUCGGCUCCUAAGUAUAUAAAUUCACCGUGUUAACGCGGAUGUAACAGUUAUCAAGUUAGUAUUAGUCGUACAAUGGCGUUGACACUAUUGUCUUUCCUGAGCUUCGUCGCGCUUUCUCAAGCCAGGUUUAUUGAGACAUUCUUCGAUCCCAGAAUCGUAAACGGAGAAGAUGCUGAACUAGGCGAGAUCCCGUAUCAGGUUUCCCUACAAACCUCGUACAGCGACUCCCACUUUUGCGGCGGAUCGGUUCUAAACGACAACUAUGUUAUCACGGCAGGUCACUGCGUUGAUAACAUGAAGGAUGAAAAAAUAAUAGUCAUCGCUGGCACCGUCAAUCUGAACAAUCCGAGAUCGACGCACGAAGUCGAGAAAAUCAUCGUUCACGAAUUAUAUAAUGCUAGUGAUUCUUGGAGGAACGACAUCGCCCUGCUGAAGGUGAAAAAUCCAUUCGUCAAGUCUAUGUAUAUCUCCCAUAUUCCUCUACCAUUGCAAGACUACGUUGUGAAAUCCAAUGACGUGGCUGUUGUUUCCGGAUGGGGCGCACGCAAGCUACAUGGAAAUAUUGUCUACCAACUACAAAAAACCACCAUCUACAUUGCUGACCAGAACUACUGUAAAAGUAUGUACUCAAACAAUGGAUACCACAUCUAUCCCACACAUGUUUGCGCAUACGACCCGACCGUCAAUAAAGGAUCCUGCCAAGGUGACUCGGGCGGCCCACUGACCGUUGGUGGCAAACUCGUCGGUCUGGUAUCCUGGGCGAGAAGUUGCGCCCUAACCACCUACCCCACUGUGUAUACACGGGUUACAUAUUACCUCGACUGGAUCAAAGCUAACGCCGUUUAAAUCAGUCUUGCCAAUUCGCUUCCUGUUAUAAUUUAUAUCUCAUUUCUUUACUAUGCGUAUAUUAUAUGUAAUUUUCUGACGAUGGAGUUUUUUGAAGUUGCAAACGAAAAAACGAGUAGUUGUAACGAGAUGUGAAACUAGUUAUACAAGAAUAUUAAUUUCAUAGGACAAAUCUUGUAUUCUUUCGACAUAAUAAUAAAUAUUAUUAUUCAGCAACCGA